AUGGUGUUCGGAACUAGUUGGAAUGUAGUUAAAAAAUGGGUAUUCCAGUCCUUGAGUCCCGUUCAAAUUGCAGCACCUGAGUUUCGCGUAUGGUCUCCCACUACACUACUCGGUCAGGCUCUUAGCAGCUUAACUACGGUUGAUCGGACGGGAAACGGUGCUUUCUGCUAG